GCGAGCAAUGACUUGCGCAGUGGAGCACAGGAGGAAGCAAAUGAAUAACGACGAGGUGUAAUAAUAAAAUACUCUCAUUUAAAAAUAUUACUCGGUCUGAACUGUGCGGGAUAUUUGGAAACCAAUUGCACUCGUAAUGAGAAAAUACACACCUUUUCUUCUUCUUCUAACUGUUGCUGUGGCCUGUGGUCUCAAUCUCAAAAGAGAUGCUGGUAAUGAGCAAACAUUGGCUCGUUCAUCAACUUUGAAAAGAGUAGUGAGGAAACUGUCGGUUGAUCCAGACAGCUUACGCCCGCUACGACGCACCAAGAGGCGAUGGGUCCUGACUACCAUUGAGGUUGAAGAAGGAGAUCCUGGUCCUUUUCCCAAGUUUGCUGCAAAUCUUUUCAAUGACAGGGAAAUCAACCUUACCAUUAAAUACCUAAUCAGUGGUCCAGGAGUUGAUGAGAAUCCACGUGGAUAUUUUUCUGUGGAUGACAAAACCGGCGAGGUGUACAUGCUUAAGACCGUAGAUCGAGAAACAACGCCUACCUUUGUAAUCAAGUUUGAUGUUGCUGACCGGAGAACAGGAAAAAUAGUUGACCAGUCCUUGGUGUUUAAUAUUGAUGUAAAAGAUAAAAAUGACAAUGCACCAAAGUUCAAAAACUCAGUAGUAGAUGUCCUUUUGAAAGAGAACAGUCCUGCAGGGAGUGAUGUCUUUCUACUGCAAGCUGAAGACACUGACCAACGUGGCACCCCCAACUCAGAAUUCUCCUAUUCUGUCGUUUCUCAGGAACCUCCCUCAACAAAAUCUCAAUUUACCAUUAAUCCAAAGACUGGCAUUUUGUCUUUUGAAGGGUGUCUGGAUUAUCAGUCUACCAAGUCCUACAAGAUACUUGUUGAAGCAAAAGACCACGGAGAUCCACAACUUUCAUCCACGGCAACGAUGAACAUCAAAAUUGAAGAUGCUAACAAUAACCCACCUGUAUUUGUUAAGAAAGAGUUCACAGGAAACGUGAAGGAACAGCAGGUAGGUGUGUCUGUAUUAAGGGUCAGUGUGGAAGACAAAGACACACCCAAUACACCAGCAUGGAGAGCCAAGUAUACUGUGACAAAAGGCAAUGAAGAUGGCAAUUACAAGAUAGAGACUGACCCACAAACAAACGACGGAAUCCUCACAGUAAUCAAGCCCAUGGACUAUGAGAAGGGAUCCCGGAAUGAGCUGGAGAUUUCAGUGGAGAACGAGGAGCCUCUCUACAUCUGCCCUGGAGCGGGAGGAAGAGUCCCUACAGCCGGGGGGUACCGUGUCCCUGUGGUCGUCAAUGUUGAGGACGUCAAUGACCCUCCCUAUUUUGAUCCUUCCGAGAUUACAGUCUACCAGACUGAGGGCACCAAGGUUCCAAUACAGCUUGGCAAGGUUCAUGCAGUAGACCUGGAUGCAGCACACAGUACUCUAAGGUAUGAAAUACCUGCAGGCGGUGACCCAGCGAAAUGGUUAACAGUUGAUAAAAACACUGGCGAGGUCACAGUCAUUGCAGAAAUGGACAGAGAGUCUCCCUAUGUUAACAACAGCAUUUACUCUGUGAUUGUGCUUGCUAUUGAUGACGGAAAGCCCCCACAGACUGGUACAGCCACAGUGCUCAUCCAUUUGACGGAUGUCAAUGACAACAACCCCUUCCUUGACUCCAAAUACGUGCACAUGUGCGACGACCCCAAAGACACCUCCAUCGUAGUAAAGGCUACAGACAAGGACAUUGAGCCGUACUCAGGACCCUUCAUCUUCCAGCUCCUGGACAAGGGGAAUGACGUGACGAACACAUGGAAACUGGAGCAACUACAGGGGGAGUCCAUCAAACUUUUAAGGCUGCGAGAACUGCCAACUGGCAACUAUACCGUGCCUUUGAAAAUCAUUGAUCAGCAGGGCUUAGCGACAGAGGAGGACCUCAUGUUAAGAAUCUGCGAGUGCUCUCAAGAGGGCGUCUGUAGACCUUUGGAAGCUCAGUCGACCAGUUUUGGAGGAGCUGCUAUUGGGGCCCUGAUAGGAGCUCUUCUGCUGAUGCUGUUACUCUUGCUCUGUUGUGUGCGCUGUGAAUGCAGUGGAAAGAAGAUCAGCGAGUUCCCUCCAGACACUGUUGAUGAAGGAAACCAGACCCUCAUCAAGUACAAUGAUGAAGGAGGUGGCUGCCGUUCUCAGGCUUCCCCACCAGUCAUUAUGCCUUUACCUACAGCUGACCACGGAACGACAAAGAACAGCAUGCAGAAUGUAUCUGAAUUGGACAGAACCAUCCAGACAUUACCUCAACGCAGUUCCUGGGGCUUGAGGGAGGACAGGAUGUAUGGGAUGCAUAUGGAGCCAGCCAUGUACUCCAGAAUAAUGAGCCUUAAAGAACAGAAUCUGGAAUCUGAAAGAAUGAAUCUGCAAGAGAAGAUCGCUAUGAGGCUGUUUGUCCUUAAUGGUUUAGAUGCCAACUUUAAUAACUAUGAGCCACACAUCUAUGCGGAGGAGGGCGAGCUACACAAAGUUCACUCCCUGGAUGACAUUAGCAUUGCCAACAACAGCCAAGGACUGGACUUCCUGCAAGACUUGGGGCCAAAGUUCAGAACGCUGGGAGGAGUCUGCCAAGAGGUCCUGGCACAGAAAGGCUUUACAUUGAAGUCAGCAACAAAGGGUUAUUGACCUACGUACUGUGCUAGUGGCCCCUUUGUGCAAUCUCCAUCUAGUGCAGGCACAUUGAGCACAUUCGUAAACUUUCUUAUUUUCUUAUCUGAAUGUUUUGGUACUUGCAAAGGUCCUGCAAAUGUUUCAUUUUGUAUCAAUUAUUUUACUUCCAGUCACAAGUUGCUAUAAGUUUUGCUGUGCUCCACUCCUUGAAAAAAUGUUGCCUUAAAGUACACAGUAUACAUACACCAUCAUUAGAGGUCUCACCGUGUGCAGUUCUGUAGAUACAACAAAGGAGAGACUAUCCCAGAAGUAAUCCCAAUGGAAGUUGUAUUGAUAAAAGCUACAUGACCAGUAUAAUUACAUACAGUAAUGCUGGUAAACAUUAUGCAAGUUGGCAUCAAAUUCAUACAUGAACCCAAGUACAAAACUACAUCGAGGCAAACCCUAUUCAGAGCUACUAUAAAAUCCUAUUAGAUAUUGUAAAUGUCACACCAUGCGGAAAGUAGUCUGUAAACAGCGCAUGCUCAUUUUCUUAUCACUGCUGAGCAGCCACUUUCAUUAAGGCCUUCCUCAGCACAUUUGUCCAGAGACCUCCCAUUUAAACCACUAGGAACAGUCGCAGGCUUUCAGACUGCUAGCGUACCAUUUCCGAGAUUUGUAAUUUAGCACUGAUGUUAGACACGCAUGCGCUGAAUGGUGUUUAAAUAGAGGAUACGCAUCGGCUGUACUGAAACGUGCAGCAAGGUCUGGGGGCCUUCCUCUCAAGUCACAUGGGUGUAUUGCAUUCCACAGCAUUAUGUGUUCAGUCUGUUGCCCCUGUCUUGUGUAAUAUUUGUAUUUUUAGUUUAUGGAGGUAACUGGAGUUAAAGUUGAUGCCAGGCUAAAAUGUCCGAAGGCUGGAGGUACAAUGUUCACAUGUCUAAAAGAUAGGAAGACUACAGCUAAAGGGCAGGAAACCCUAAAGGCACACAGUGAAAUCAUUUCAAAUGUAUAAUCGCACAAGAGCAGCUCUUAGGUGUCCAGUAAUAUAUUCAGUUAAAGCUGAGGUUUGGGACCGCAAGCUGUGCAAUUACUAGCAUUCUGACUGCGUGUCUCUUGUGGUGUGUUAUAAUACAGUGGACACUUAUUAAAACUUUCUAGGAAGUGUUUUUGUUUUGUUUAGUACACUAUUAGAAAUAAAAAACAAGUGUUAUUUUUUCAUUAAAGGUUGGUUUCUACUGGUGUUUUGCUUCUUAGAUAUUACAUUUUUAAUUCCAUGUUUUCAAAAAUUGCAUUACAAAGUUUUUUUUUUACGUCAGCAAAUCUGCACAUAAGUCAUGUGGCUUUCUGCAUCGCUUGAGUUUGGGUUUCAAUAGUUUUUCUAUUUAAACACUUUCAAUUACAUAAAAAAAAAUAAAAUAAAAAAAUAAUGGUCUGCAAGGGAAGGUUAUAGACAUGUAUGGUUAUGACUAUGUGUUAAGCUUGUUACAGAUUUUAUUUUUACAUUUUCGAGGUGCUGGUGUAUGUUUUCUAAAGAAUUCACUAUGAAGAUUGCUGUACUGUUUGUAUGUGUAUUACAAUGUUAAUAUAAUGCACUAUGAAGAUUGCUAUAUUUGUAUGUGUAUUACAAUAUUAAUAUAGUGUAGUUGAUGACGACUAUUAGAAGUCAAGGUGUUGUAACAUCCAAGAUUUCUUUGCCAAACGAUAUUUUUACCGAGGAAAAUGUUACCCAAAAAACACUUCAUAGCCUAGACUGAUUUUCACAUACAUGUACAUUUUAAAAAUAAACAUUUGUAUAUUA